AUGUAUCUAGCUCAUCUUGUGAAAGAAGUGAAGAUUAAAUUUCCUCAAAAGGUACGAAGAGCAUUCUGCAAGCAGGAAUUGACGUGUCUACGGUUCCUGCGUUGGACCAUCCUGGUGCCGCUUGUGAUUUAUAUGUCGCUUCUAUUUGUCAAGUACAACAAAAGCGUGCCUCUGAAAAGUUUAUCGACCCCGAGCAACCGGGAUAAAGAGGGAGCCGCGAUGGAUAGCUUGUUCUUCGAGUUGGAGGCCGUAACGGCCGAUAAAAAGAACUUGGCAGGUUACAAGGAUGCGGGAAUCGAUCGACGCGGCAACGACGAGACCAUACAAAUUGUAGAGGUGGAAAAUCGUCAGGAUCCGAGAAGCCUUCUCGAGGACAUUUUCCGGCGAGCAGACACGGACGAGAACGAAUUGUUGGAUAUCCAGGAACUAGCCAAAUGGAUCCAUGCAAAAAUCACUGAGCAUAUCACGCGCGCCAUGCGAGAGAACGUCGGUCUAUUCACUGCAAUCGACAACAAUCCUAGAAAUGGUGAGGUAUCAUGGGAAGAAUAUCACGCUUAUUUUCUGAGAACCCAUGGUUUCUCCGAGACAUACAUAAAUUCCCACGACAAGAAGCAUAGCGAGAUGCCGAGAACAUUAAAAGAGAGCAUAAUGAGGGAUCGAGCGCGAUGGGCUGAAGCUGCUAGGAACGAUCCCGAAAAGUUAGCUCUAGACGAAUUUCUCGCUUUCACACAUCCCGAGAGCAGUCACAGAGCUCUUUUGCAAAUGGUAGAAGACCUCUUUGAAAAAUUCGAUCGGGACGGAGACGAGCAACUAACAGAAGAUGAGUUUUCGGAUUUACCAUCAGAAGGGGUCGGUCUAGAUUUACGCGAAGAUCGACAGCAAGCGAUAGGAGGCAGCGAAGACAGGCGUAAGGAGUUUCGACAUCUGAUUGACAAGAAUAAAAACGGGAAAGCGGAUCGAACUGAACUGUUGAUGUAUAUCGAUCCGCGAAAUCCCAGACAUGCUAUUCAAGAAGCUCAACAUUUGAUCACCCUGUCGGACACGAAUUUAGACGGAAAACUGGAUCUUCUGGAAAUUCUGAGUAAGAUGGAUUUAUUUCUCGACAGCAAAAUGGUAGACACCGAGAAAAGUUUCCAUGACGAGUUCCGAUAA